AGGAAAAGAAUGCAUUCCAAGCUUGCGUGCCUUUUGUUCUGCCGCCGAACUAUAUAAACACUCAGGCCCCCUUACAUCUUGUGAGCACACACGGACACACUCUGGUUGCCCUGUUCUUGGACCAAAGAUGGGUGGCUCCUUCAGUGCCUUCAACAAAUUUGGACUCCCAGGGCUGAGCACGGCAACUACCAAGCAAGUCUAUGAACGGCAUUUCAAGAACAAGAAGACUGGCAAGUUUGAAGACUUCCACAUUGCUUACGUCGAGUUCUGCAAGUAUUUCAACACCGUAAUGCCCGGCCAAGAUUUCGACACCCCAUCACUCGAAAUAAUCCAGGAAUUUUACGAGAAGAAGUGGGAGCCGGAGAAGAACGACGAGAGGAGGAAGGAACUGUUCUUCGAGUUCAUGAAGAAGGAGGUCAAGGAAGCGACGGUGGACGACAGCUUCUUCAUCGCGGCGGGGCUGGCGGCGCCGGUGGCCGCCGUGAUCGGCAAGAGGGCCAGCGGGCACAUCCCCUACGUCAAGAGCCUGAGGCUGGACAUGGUGCCCAACGUCGUCUUCGUUCCGAUGGUCACGCUCUUGGGCAUCAUGGGAGCCACCGCGUGGCAGAUGAGCAGCAAGAGCGCCGCGGCCAAAGGAGAGGAGGAGGCCAAGGAAGACGAGAAGCAGCGCAAGGACCAAUCAUCCAACAAGGCGAACUGACUCUUGUUCAUCUCUUGUAUUGUAUGCGUCGAAAAAAAAAACAGCAUGGAUGAGGGCUCGGUCACCUACUCGGUCAAUAACCAAGAGUUUUACCGGAACAUUUUAUGGUGCAUAAAUAAUAUCAUCAUCUGUAAACUUGGGCGUCAAACAUAAAUGUUUUAACUUCCUCCU